AAAUUAAAUGCAUUGCGAUUCAUCUGAUGAAGAUGAUAAUAAAUUCGGAAUAGGAAAGAAAUUUUUCAUUUAAUUAUUAGAGAAAGAAAGAAAAGUAAAGUGCAUUCUUAAAUUCAGUUUAGCACGAAAAUUGAAUCAAUGUAAUAAAUAUUGGAUUUACUAAAUAUGUAUGCGAUGUGUGUUGAAUUCUUUGAUACCUUAGGCAAUCCUGGAAAGUACUAUUUUAUGGAAAAGAUUUCAAAUACAAUUGCAGAGAAAGAGGCAUUUGAAAUAAUGUUAAAAGAUGAAAUAAGAGCAAGAGAGAAGAAAGAGAAAGAAAUGUAAAUCAAACCAAUCAUAAAAGAAGGAUAAGUGAAAUAUGAUCCUCUUAAGCGUCCAGAAAAAUCAUAAAAAAUAAAAAUGUAAACACCUAUAAAGGAGGAUGAUUAAAAAGUAUAGGAGAAUAAUAAUAGAGAAAAUAAGAAAAUAUCACAUAAAAUAAUGAGAGAAGUUCGUUCUAAGAAAUUAACAAUGACUGAAAAGAUAUAUUAAUAAUAAAAUGAAUAAAAUGUUUCUGUAGAUUUGAUUAAGAAUUGGGAUGAUGAGGUAGAAAAGAAGGGUAAUAAAAAUUUAAUUAUUUAAGAUUCUAUGAUUCGUUAAUAAUUGUAAUAAUAGGGAAGUAAUAUAUAAGAUAGAGUUGCUGAUAGAUUAAAUCGAUUGCGUAAAUAAUUGCCAAGUAAUGUAACAAGUGAAAUGUGUCUAGAAAAAUAUGAUACUUGAUAAAAUU